AUGAGCUCCAAACCCGUCAUUGGCCUUCUCGGAGGCGGCCAGCUCGGCCGAAUGCUCUGCCAGGCCGCCGCUCCCCUCGAUGUCGAAAUCGCUAUUCUCGACGCCGAAAACGCUCCCGCGAAGCAAAUCAACCAGAACAGCCGCAACAUCAAUGGCUCCUACAAAGAUGCAGAGAAGAUUAGAGAGCUUGCCUCUCACUGCAGCGUCCUCAGCGUUGAGACAGAGCACGUGGACACGACUGUGCUGGAAGAGAUUGCGACGACUACAAAGGUUGCCGUCUGCCCGUCUUGGAAGACGCUUCGUCUGAUCCAAGACAAGUACGAACAGAAGUCAUACUUCGCUGGCCAGGGCAUCCCUGUUGCGGAAUCGGUGGCCAUUGAGGGAUCUGGCGAGGCCAUGCUUGCCUCUCUCAAGGCCGUUUCCGCCAAGUUUGGAUAUCCCUGGAUGCUCAAAUCUAGAAAGGAUUCCUACGACGGCAGAGGGAAUCUUAAAAUAUCUACCGAAGCUGACCUGGAACGUGCCGUCGCCGAGUUUGGCAACUUCAGCUGUUAUGCCGAAAAGUUUGUUCCCUUCCAAUGCGAGCUCUCUGUCCUCGUCAUCCGCACCGAGGACGACGAGGGUCGAACAAAGCGCCUGCUGCCGUAUCCCGCAGUAGAGACAGUGCACGAAGACAACAUCUGCUCACGCGUCUAUCUGCCGCCUCGAACCACUCCUGCUGCUGUUUGCGAGCGGGCUCAGCAGGUUGCCAGUGACGUCGUUGGCAAGCUGUGGGGAAGAGGCAUUUUCGCAGUUGAGAUGUUUGUCACCCAGGAUAACCAGAUUCUGGUCAAUGAGAUUGCACCCCGACCGCACAACUCUGGACAUCUCUUCAUCGAAGCAGUGCCAUACAUGUCACAAUACAAGGCACAGCUCACCUCGAUCCUCGACCAGACUCUACCCGCCGAAAUUGAGCCCUACGUCUCUUCCAGCAUCAUGAUCAACAUCCUCGGAGGCGCCAACCCCGAAUCCCACCUGCCGCUUGUCGAGAAAGCCAAGUCCAUGUAUGGCAACAAGAUGGCCGUGUACGUGCACCUUUAUGGCAAGGAAUCUAAGCCUAGCCGAAAGAUUGGCCACAUCACAGUCACCGGCUUGGUCGCCAGCAUAACAGAGCUCGAAGAGUUUGCAAAGCCGCUUGUAGACAUGGCCAGCGACAUUAGACACGAGAGAUUGCAGGCACGCAGCAAGGCUCUUCGACCAGAGCAGGCCGUUUCCAAGGCCACACAAGCACCGCUGGUUCUGGUGACCAUGGGCUCGGAUUCAGAUCUUCCAGUUCUCAAGGCCGGAAUCGAUAUUCUCAACCAGUUUGGUGUGCCGUGGGAAGUCGACAUUACGUCUGCCCACCGCACACCGGCCAAGAUGGCUGAUGUCGCCACAAAAGCAGCUGGUCGUGGCAUCAAGGUCAUCAUUGCGGCAGCUGGAGGAGCCGCUCACCUGCCCGGAAUGGUGUCUGCCUACACACCAUUGCCUGUCAUUGGCGUUCCUGUCAAGGCCACACACCUCGACGGUGUUGAUUCUCUGUACUCGAUUGUCCAGAUGCCUCGAGGCGUACCGACGGCCACGGUUGGCAUCAACAACUCGACCAACGCAGCUCUCCUCGCCAUUCGAUGCCUGGGCGCCUUCAUCCCCGAAUACCACAACAAAAUGAAGGCGUAUCAGCUCGAGAAUGAGAAGCAGGUGGAGGAAAAGGCGAACAAGCUGCGGGAGAUUAAUGUUGAAGCCUAUCUGGCGCAAAUGAAGAAGGCAUGAGUUGCCGCUCUUCAAUUCUGCGCCUGACUAUGAUAUUGGGAGCCAGCCGGAGAUGGCCAUUGGAUACUCAAACUGAGGUCACGCACUGAGUUAUUGAACUUUGAGGGUGCUAGAAUUCAUUUGAAUCGCUUCGUCGCCAUUCGACAAUCAAUUCCCCUAGCAAUUGGAAAAUAAUACCCCACCAUGUGGAUUU